CCCCACCCCCCACCUGCUCCCCUCCUUGGCUAUGGAGCCAUGAGCCAGUCGCUGGAUAGCCCCCCCUCGCCCGGGCAGGACCACGCCGAACUGGGCCUGAGCCCGGCGACACACUCAUCGCCCCCGGCAUCGGCCUCGCCGGGAUCCCGCAGCUCGGUCCCCUCGCCCGGCCUCCCACCGGGUGCCAUGGAAAAGCAGGACUUCCCGAUCUAUGACGAUGAGUCGGCCCCGAACGACGCCCCCGACCACGACACGGUUUUCCACGACGACGGGGAUGACGGUGACGUUGACGAGACGGCGGCGUUGCUGAAUUCGGGGUCUGGCCCCAAUCUGGCCACCGGGUCGGCACACUAUGGCCCUGGCCUGGUGAGCCCCUCGCCCGGGGACGUUUCGUCCCGUGGUCGUACCUUCUCCAUUGCCAGCACCGCGUCGGUGGGAGAUUUGUUCUCCAAGCGCAGCCUCGAGGCGCUGGUGCCGGCUGACCGGCGCUGGCGUUCGGCCAUCGUCAUCUACCUGUUCUUCUCCUUGAUUGUGGUCAGUGCCUUCCUGAUUGUGGCACACAUGAAUGGCCUGCAGCCGAAGCUUGCCGAGUCCGACCUCGACCUCGGCGGGGAUCCCUUCGGUUUGAGCGAGCACCGUGCCCGCGACAAUGUGCAGGAGCUGGUCAACAUUGCGAAGCAGCACCACGGCGAGGUUCUUCCCUCCGGAUUGUCACUGCUGACCGGACGAGUGUCGACCACGGAGUCGGCCACGCGCACGCGGCAGUGGCUCGAGCGCAAGGUUGGCGAGUUGGUCGCCCUGGCCGAAGAGGGCGGCAGCCCGGCCGGCUGCACUGUCACCCUGGAGGUUCGGUCGCACAAUGGUGUCAUCAACACCAUUGGUCGCGACUCGGCGGUCAUCAGCUAUGCGGAUGUGGUGAAUGUGGCAGCAAGGGUUACCUGGCCCGGGGUCGGCUCGGAUGCCGGCGCCCUGUUGGUCAGUGCGCACUACGAUUCGGUCAUCCAUUCGCCCGGUGCAUCGGACAAUGGCGCCUCGGUGGCUGCGGCCCUGGAGGUCCUUCGGGCUCUGGUUAUUUCCCCAACCGAGUUGCCCUUUGAUGUGAUUUUCCUUUUCGAUGAUGCCGAGGAGUCUGGCCUUCUCGGGAUGUAUGGCUUCAUCCAUUAUGACCCCUGGUUUGCGGAUGUUCGCGCACACAUCAACCUGGACUCGGCCGGCGGCUGGCGCAUCCCGCUGCUCACCCAGAUGGGUGGCUCCAACAACCCAUACGCCCUGUCUCAGGCGAAGCUGGCGCGUGCGUAUGCCGGAGGCGUCAGCCCGCCACAUGCCUCGGCCUUGGUGACGGACAUUUAUGCACUGCUGCCCAGCUUCACCAACUACUAUGCCCUCAGCCAGAUGGGCAUUCCCGGGCUGGAUAUCGACCUCUACCAGAAUGGGUAUUCCUACCACACGCGGCUGGAUGGCCUUGAUGACUAUGUGCGUGGGACAUUGCUGUACUUUGCGCAGGCUCUACAUGGGACCGUGCAGCAGCUGGCCCUUGCCGGGCCCCUGCCCUCCCUGUCGCCGGUCAUCAGUCCCAACCCCUCCCUGGCGUCGGUGCUCGGGGUGGUGGGGGAUUCUUCGGUGCCGGAGCCCACUUGCAGCGCCAGCGGGGCCGAAGCCGUCGCAGCCUCCUCGGACCCCGGCGAUCCGGCGCCCGUCCCUCCGCCUGGCGUGUUCUAUGAUCUUUUCUUCACGAUCUUCGUUUAUUACAGCCACACAACGGCCCUGGCCCUCGGGGUGACCCUCUUUGUGGUGUGCCUGCUGGUGGCGGUGCUGACGUAUGUCCUGUCCGCGCGGCGGGUGAUCGCGGCGGCCACUCGCCUGCCGGGGACUCUCGGCGCGGCGGCCAGCUCUUCCUCCUCGCUCAAGGCCAUCCUCAGCAUUCGGAGCUCGCUCCAUGCCAAGGCCCUCUUCUCGACGAAGCCCUUCCAACAGGCUUUGACCCACGUAUGGCGGGCCCGGGUGCCGGCCACCAUUCGCAUGCAGGUGGCUGCCCUGCUGGCCGCCCUGCUGGCCAUCCCCCUGGCGGUGCUCUUCGGCGUGACCGGUGGUGCCAUGAUGGGGGCCCUGCGCCGGGCCAUCUGGUAUGCCAAUGCCCCGGCUUCGGUGGCCAUGAUUGCGGCCUGGUCGCUGGCCGGUGUCCUGAUGGCCGGCUGGCUGAUGUCCUUCCUGGGUCGGGCCCGGCCGGCGGAUGUAACGCGUGCGGCAUUGGCAUCGGCCGAUGCCUCAUCGCUCCUGGCAUCCACCCUUUCCCCGGGCAGCAUCAAUUCCUUCGACACCGGCUUCGGCGGGCUUGGCCAUGGUGCGGCCGGGGGUCCCGGCGAGUCUGCCACUGGAAAUGCCUCGGUGGUGGGCCUCACUGGCGGGACUUCCGGUGCGCAUGUGUCCCCGGCCGGGGCACCCGGUCCGGGCCGCGUUUCGGCAACCGGCUCAUCGGUGGCGUCCCUCGGCUCACGGGCAUCUACCGCCGCCUCUGCCAGCACGGCUGCCGGGAUUUCGGCAUCCGCCGCCGGCGGGCCGACCGGCCAUCCGAAGCUCAGCUCGGUCAAUUACUGCGGGUGUGGGUAUCUCCUGUCCCCGGGGGAGUACUGCCAUGGGUGUGGGAUCUCGGUGCCGCCGCUGUCGGCGCGGCAAAUGGCCGCAGCCUUCUCGGCCGGAGCGUCUCCCCCAACGGCAGGCUCUUCUUCGGGGCCUGGCGGCCUGCCGGGUGGCGGCAGUCCUGCCAUGGGGGCCAUUGCCGCUGGCGGGUCUCCCCCGGGUCACGGGGCGCUCGGUGGCCAUGGCGCCGGCAUGGGUGGCUCGAUUGGCGGAUCGGUUUCCUCGACAUCUGGAUCCUCGUCUCAGGUCGGGGUUGGCAAUGGUGUGGUCCUGCCACUUGGGUCCAUUGACCACCUGUCCUCGGAUGAUGAUGAUCUUGGCGUCGACCCGGGGGACAUUGACACCAGCCUGGCACUGUCUGGUGGUCCGGGCGGGUCGUCACUGUCCGGCGGCAAGUCCGGCCCGGGUCACCAUGCUGGUGGCAGUGCUGCGCAUACUUACAUCGAAAGUUUGACUUCGUCCUCAUCGGCGGCGGCCCCGCUGCUGCCCGGUGGCGGGGUUGCCGGUCCUGGGGAUUACUCGCACAUGCCUUCGAGUUAUGCCUACUCGCAUCGGCAGUACUUUGCCGGGGGCCCGGGCGAGGGCCCCGGUGGGGCUGGCGUCGUGAUGGUGGCCGGUGGAGGCCCCGGCGGAGCGGCCUCUUCGGUUGGCUUGCCAUAUUCCUCGUCGGCCAAGCGGAUUUCCAUGCUGACCACCGAGGAGCUGGCUGCCCUGGCCAAGUACCUCCCCCGGCGGAAGUCCCCAUUCCUUGUGACGCCGACGGUGGCCAUGGGCCUCUCCGUGUGGUUUGUAUAUUCGAUCAUGCUACUGAUCCUGUCGGUAUCGGGCUUUGGCAUGUCCUAUUUGGUGCUGUACUGGUCGCUGAUGUUCCUGCCGGCGGCCGUGAUUUGGAGCGUGCGCGUGUCCAUGUCGAAGGCGCGGCGAAACUUGCGCCGACUCUUGGCGGCGGUGGCUCUGCUCCUGUGGGUGGCAUUGCCGCUGACGGUGCACCUGUUCGUGUGCUGGGCCGCCGUGGCCGGCUUGAUCCCGAUGCUGGACCGGUUCGGGUCGACUUUCCCGGGCGACGCGGCUUUUGGCGCGGUGGUGGGCAUCCUCACCGGGCUGGGGUCCCUGCCGCUGUUGGUAAUCCAAACCCGAGCGUCGGUGGCCCGGACGGCGGUCACUUGGGCUACCCUGGCGGUGGCGCUGGUUGGGACCCUCCUGCUGGCGGCCUCGCUGCAGCCAUAUGACGCGCUGCAUCCCCGGCGGGUGGAUCUGAUGCACAUGUACAACAUGACGGAUCAGACGGUGUCGGUGACCCUGGGAGCUCCCAAUCGCGGGGACCUGCACCCGGUGCUGGACGCCAUGGAGGCGCAUGGGCUCGGCCAGGAGUCCUGGGUGCCGUGCUCGGUGCCGACCUACCAAUUCCAGAUGACUUCCAGCCAGACGGCUGGGUACUGCUUGCGGCCGGAGGCCCUCGGUCGGGAGCCAGGCACGUCGCUGCCUCGGCCGAAUGUCAUCCUGCCGAAGUACUUCUUCUCGUCGUCGGCAUCGCCGGUCGACCCGGAUUCGUGGCAGGCCCAGUUGGAUAUCCUGGCGCCGGGGGCCGCGAAUUUGGUCAUCUACUUUGACGGCGAUUUGGAGGAUUGGUCUCUGCCGAUUGAGAUCCCGGAGGCAGGGCACGCCGGGCACCUGGCCACCGGGCCCGGGGAGCGUGCCGUUUCCCGGCGCGCCUCCAAUGGCUCGGUCAGCUCGUUGGUCUUGACCUUCCCCGGGCGCACGACCGAGGUCAAUGUCCGGGUGUGGGCCAGCUAUCCCUUCCACACGCCGGAGCUCCGGCUCGUGGACGAGUCCUUCCCGGCGGAGGCGGCCCACUGGCACAAGGCCAACAUGCCUGGGCCUGUGAUCAUCACGUGGAACUUCCAGGUUUUGGCCCCGUGAACCCGCUCCAAUAUCACGCACUCAUUUGCUCGA